AUGCACGGCAGCUCACUCUCAUGGGCAGCAACUCACUCUCAUUCCCUGAACCGUUCUGUACCCCUCUGCACCCCGAGUGACAACAGGCAGGCGAGGGACUAUGUGGAGGCAGCGGGGUAUGACUACUUUGAGAAGAACGGCCGCACCCUGCCCUUCUGGAUGGCCUCUAAGGCCAUCAACCAGCUAUACGCCAACCGCCAUGGCUACCGCUACGUGAACCAAGACACGCGGGAAUACAACGAAACUCGCCACCCAUCGUGGCUCAAGCUGCUGUUCAUUCGGGAUCAGCUGCGUUGCUGCUGCGCCUGGGCAUUCUAUCUCGACUCAGACGCUUAUCUUCGAAUGGACAACCACCGCCUGCCUAUUGAAGCCUGGCUUGCUGGACUGCCCUUCACGGGAGCGUUCAACUGGAUAAGGGAUCGCUACGGCACGGACCUCACCAAUCAGACGUGGAUGCCGCAGUUCCCCAUUGGCCUGCUGGAUCCCCCGCCUGCUGACGUGGCAGCCUGCAGCCAAUCGCCUGCUGCCCCAUGCGCAGAGGAGUCCUCCGAGGAGCUGAUUGGUCUGUUUGCCCGGAAUUCAGGGGAGGAGAAUGGUGCCCCGGCUGCUCUUUUCAAUGCCUCUUUGGAGUCGAUCAAUGCAGGGGUUAUGCUGCUGAGGCGCUCCCCCCUCACUUUCCAGUUUCUGGACACUUGGUAUAACGAGGAACCUUCCAACCGUCACUUACAGGAAGCCACGUGGGAGCAAAACCGUCUCAACCGCAUUGCACCACGCUUUGCAAAACACCUGGUGGUCGUGCCGUACCUGGAGCUCACUGGUCCGGAGGGUCGUCAGGUUCGGCAUGUGUGGUCGAUGGUGGGUCGGCAUAGGGACGAGGCCCUGAGGGCUGCGUUGUUGGGGGCGUUAUUAGCAAAUGAGGUGGCGACUAAAGAGGAUGAUUGGACUCCAAGAACGGUUGUUGAAAAGUGGGCACAUGAUGAAGUGGAUGCCCGGCAAUAG